CUCAUGCGAUCAACACUGCUGAAAGGAAACGUCUGUAGUGUGUUUGGCUUUGUUAGAGGAAGGGGCGCAGAAUUUAAGAGACUGUAAAAUCCACAAGCUGGUCUGAAAUAAUUCAGCUUUUUAUUAUUAAUUAAUUUGGCUUGCUCUGAGUGCUUAGGAGGAACUAGUUUUUCUUUUUGAUUUAGAGAUGACUCUUGUUUGAACUUGGCUGGACACUCAUAGUAAUCCUCAAGCUUUACCUCUUUUUUGAGACCAUUCUUUGGCCAUCAUGUACAGCAGUGGCUACUCCCAGGUCUCCAGGGGCAGCCCGGCGAGCCAGAAGAAGUUGCAGUACCGCUCAAAGGGCAAGGGCAAGAGCUGCGGCUACUACAUGCGCAUUGUCUUCUUCUUCUCUUCGCUCAUUCAGUCUCUUAUCAUAGUCAGCCUCGUGCUCUUUCUGGUCUAUGGUAAGACGCAGGACUCGCCAUCCACGUCUCGCAUCCAAGACCUGGAGGAGAGCUUUAGCCGACUCUCCAUAGAGAACGUCAUCCUGAAGGGGCAGAGGAAGAACUUGACCAGUUUGCUCAACACCACCCUGAUUGAGAAGGCUCGCAAUGACUGGGACCUGGCUGAACACCGCUACUAUGCCAACAUCUCAUCGAUUCUUAUCCAAGAAAUGGAGAAGAAGCAGCAACAUUGCCUUGCCGAGUUGUUUGUUUGCAAGAGCAGAAUCCCAACAACUAUGAAUCGUCUAGGUAACUGUGGUCCGAGUGAACAGCUACAUGCCAGGCUGCAACUUGUGGAGUCCAACUUCACACAAACAAUCCAGAGAAUGAGAAGGGAAAUGGACCAGACUGUCAAAGAGAGGGACAACAUUAACUUGGAGGCCAUCCAUCUGCGGAGGGAAAAAUCCUCUCAUGAAAAGGAAGUUAAUUUCUUUAGACAAAAAUGCAAAGAUGACUUUUCCCAGUCCUUGAGCGGUAUCUCCAAUGUCUCCAAGUCUUUCCUGGAGAAGAUUGACUCCCUUUUCCCUUCACACAUCGCCUUCCAGCUCACCUGUCCGAAACAGAGGGAACACCUGGAGCAGAUCCGCACCAAUUGCACCAGCCUGUCCAUGGAAGUGGAGGACAGGUUCCAGCGUUACCUGAAUAGUGUGGGAGAAAAAGUGUCAAACAUCCAGGCUGAGAGUAGCCGCUUGAAGGCAGAGAACACGCUACUGUCUGACGACUACCGCAGGUGCAGCACAAACCGCACAGGUCUGAUCCGGGAGCACAAGCAGAACUUAGACAAGCUGCAGCAGAAACACGAUGAGGAAAAGGAGGAACUCCUGAUGGACAAAUUGAGGCUUCAUGGAGAUAUAGAAGUCUUGAACAACCUUGUGAAGUAUACAAGUAGAGUGAAUGAUCACCUGACAGAGCAAAAUAGGCAGCUCAAUAUGUCAUGCGUGUCUAAGACAGGAUUAAGUGGACUUCCCGGUGGCUCAUCCUAUGGGACUGGGGCAGGUGUAUUGGCUUCGAAGAUUGCGUCAUAUGGGCUGAAUAAGCCGGUAUCAACUGGUACCGGCUCUUCACGUUCAUCAUUAGGGUUAAGUAGCUCCAUUGGGUCAGCAUCCAAUAAGCUGGCAUCAACUGGUACCAGCUCUUCACGUUCAUCAUUAGGGUUAAGUAGCUCCAUUGGGUCAGCAUCCAAUAAGCCGGCAUCAACUGGUACCAGCUCUUCACGUUCAUCAUUAGGGUCAAGUAGCUCCAUUGGGUCAGCAAUCAAUAAGCCGGCAUCAACUGGUACCGGCUCUUCACGUUCAUCAUCAGGGUCAAGUAGCUCCAUUGGGUCAGCAAUCAAUAAGCCGGCAUCAACUGGUACCGGCUCUUCAAGUUCAUCAUCAGGGUCAAGUAGCUCCAUUUGGUCAGCAUCCAAUAAGCCGGCAUCAACUGGUACCGGCUCUUCAAGUUCAUCAUCAGGGUCAAGUAGCUCCAUUGGGUCAGCAUCCAAUAAGCCGGCAUCAACUGGUACCGGCUCUUCAAGUUCAUCAUCAGGGUCAAGUAGCUCCAUUUGGUCAGCAUUCAAUAAGCCGGCAUCAACUGGUACCGGCUCUUCAAGUUCAUCAUCAGGGUCAAGUAGCUCCAUUGGGUCAGCAUCCAAUAAGCCGGCAUCAACUGGUACCGGCUCUUCAAGUUCAUCAUCAGGGUCAAGUAGCUCCAUUGGGUCAGCAUCCAAUAAGCCGGCAUCAACUGGUACCGGCUCUUCAAGUUCAUCAUCAGGGUCAAGUAGCUCCAUUUGGUCAGCAUUCAAUAAGCCGGCAUCAACUGGUACCGGCUCUUCUAGUUCGUCCUCUGGGUCGACUGGAUCCACGAGCAAAAGUUCUGGAUUUAGUUGGCUUGGGCAAAGUAAGACAGGAAGUGCAACAGGAAAAGGACCAUCAACUGGGAAUAGUAAUACUGGACUUGGAUCGUCCUCUGGUGCAGGAAGAACGAGUGGACUGGGAGGUGGCUCAAUAACUGUUGCUCAGCACCUGAGGGAUCUGCAGCGCAUCAUCAACCCCUCUGAACCAGAGGAAAAACAAGCUCUCUCCAGAAUAAUGGGUUAGUCCAUCUUAAUGGGGAAAACAAAAAAAAGAGAUAUAUCUCCCAAUGCAUCUAUUAUUCUAUUAUACACAGCUAAAUGCAAGCUUCUCAUAUUGAGUGCAUAUUUUAUAUCAAUAAAUGUACCAUAUAUUA